AUGAGUCAACUCAGUUUGAUGUUUGCAGGGAGAGACAUGGACGUUGUAGAUAAGGAAAGGAGGAGGAGAAGAAGUUUCAAGGAACGGCUGGGAUUUAAAGUCAUGGGAUGCUGUGGGUCUAACUGGGGUUUCAGGUCAACGACGUUGAGCCUCAAGGACGAAGGUGAAGUUGAAAUAGAAGAACAAGUAGCAGCAACGGAUUCGGAUCCAGGGCUUACACCGCCGUCGAUGGAGGCAAACGGCGGAGACAGGGCGGAUGAGAAAGAGAAAGGAACGAGCGUGGAACCGGGGAGUGAUUCGAUGUGCUGUGUGUGCAUGGAGAGGAAGAAAGGGGCGGCGUUGAUCCCGUGUGGACACACUUUUUGCAGGGUGUGUUCGAGGUUGCUGUGGGUGAAUCGAGGGUCAUGUCCCCUCUGCAACCGUUCCAUCCUCGAUAUUCUUGACAUAUCUCCCUGCAGCCGUUCGAUCCGCCAGAUUCUUGACAUUUUCUAA